AUGACGCACUGUAUAGUAGUGUCAUUCCGAGGCUUUGUAACUAAUACUAGAUCAGAAAAGGGAGCUAAGUACAGAUCUGCUAUUGAAAAGAUAAGAAGGAGUGACAGGAAUGCCUGCUUUGUUGCCAUUUCUAUUCAACAUUCUAGUAAAGGUCCUAAGGAAGGAAAAGAAAAAAGACCAAGAAAGAAAGCUAUAAGAGUUUUAAAACAUGAAGAAGAAAACUAUUUUCAAGAUAUUCUACCAUCAGGGAAUCGACCAGCAGGAAAGGAGACACUGAAACAUAAAACGUUUGGAACAAUCUCUGUACCCUGGAAGUCAGAGAAAGUAGAAGAAAUUUAUCAAGAUUACACUCCAGGCAUAAUUCAACAAGAUAUACUUACUUCAGAACCAUUGCCCAGUAAGAAGAAAGAGAAAUCAAAGGAAAAAGAUCAAACUCAUGGUUGUCCAAAAGUUAGGAAAAAAAGACUUGCAUCCUAUGAUAGAACAGUACCAAAUGAUGAUGAUGUGAUAUGUCAUAUUAUUAGACUAAGAGAAAAACUUGGUUGGCAAACAGUAUUACCACAGCACAGUUUGGAAUACAGAUGUUUCAAAACUGCAACUCAGAAGAUACUUCUAAAGGAACCUUUGAAAGAUGAUGGAGAAUUUGUGUAUUGCCUCCUUAGAAAAAAUUCUAAAGCUUUUUAUAAUCCAUAUGAUCUUUACGUAGUCUCUGCCCACAGAGCUAGACAUUGCAAAGAAUUUUGGAUUAUUACUGCUUCAUUUAUCUCAAAGGUUACUAAAAUAGGUGGUAAAGAAGAAAUAGAACUUAUACCUACUUUGGAAUGGCUACUAGAAAGAAGAUGUUACUAUUUAUUACAGCAAUUCAAGAUAUUUUCCAAUUUUCGAAUUAAUAAAUUAUUUGUUACUUGGAAACUGACCGUUAAAAGAAUUAAGACUGAUAAGAGCAGGUCACUUUUGUAUCGCAAUCUUUUUUUCGCUGAUGAGUUAUUUCAAGGCUGUUUGCUUUAUAUAAAGGGACUUUGUGAAGAUGCAGUUAGUCUCAAAAAAGGUGAUGAAGAUAAUUCAAAUGCCAUAUGCCUAGUAAAGCUGGAUAAGUUUCGAACAUAUUCUCUACACGAAUUUUGUGAAGAACAGUUACACCAGGCUACUCAGGCAUUGAAACAACUUGAAGAUAUCAGGGAUAAAGCAAUUUCAGAAAUAAAACUUACAAUUUUAAAGGUGGCAGAAAAGAAAGAUAUUAAAGAAUAUUUUGAAUCAAACCAUUUUGAAGAUACAACACAUUUCAAGCUGCCUACCUAUCGACGCUUAUUAGAAGUAAUUUUUAGAUUCUUGAUGCUGGUUGACUAUUUAUUUCAGGAACUCACCCGUCAACUAAUGAACACUGCAGUCACACUACUUGUAGAAUUAUUUAGUGAUUCUGCUAGAAUGCCAGUUUCAGUGGAAAAAAAGAAUGAAAAACUCAUCAACAUACAUAAGGACAUCUUUGCUUUCACUGGAAAGAUGACAAGUGAUUAUGAAGAAUUUGAUAAUUCAAACUUAUAUGCUUAUUCUGUUCUAAAGUCAGAAGUAAAAACACAAGACAAUGAGAUUUUGAAUAGUAUUAAAGUGGAUACAGAUUUGAGAAAAAUACAUGCACCAAUAUUUGAAGUAAGCCUACAGUUGAGAACUCCUGCUGAGAGUGAUUCUUCAGAAAAUUCUGAAGAGAACUUACAUGAGUCUGACAAGUGCUCUGAAAAAUCUGCAGUAUAUGAAGAUACAUCAGAAAAUGAAGUCAGUGUUUUCAUUGAACAAUCAAGUGAAGAACUACUUCCAAUGAAGAAAUCAAAACGAAUGAGUUACAGCUAUGACGUUCUUUCAGAACUAGACUUUGAAACUGAGUUUGAGAAAAACUGCAUGAAUGAUAAACUUUUCGAAUUCCCUACAAAUCUCUUUAUAACUCCCAACAGAUUGGAGUUUUCAGUACAAAUUCAAAAUAUGGUGGCUGCUUUUGAAAAUUGCAUAACCAAAAUUAUUCCUCUUUGCCAAGAUCCCCGCCUAUCUAUGUUUACUGAGUCGGCUUUAAUUAUGGAUUUACCUAAUAAAAAGAAAAAUGUAAGAGACUAUCAAACCAGAUGGCCAGAUUGUCAGGUCCUUUUUGAAAUGGAUCCUGCCUACCAAGAUAAAAUUGCAACUUUCCUGACUAUUAUUGGAAGUUCAAUGGGCCAAGUUAGUAUUUACAGCUGCCAGUUUAGGAAAUAUUGUACUAUGGUAGAGAAGGCCAAAAUCAUAGGUACCAAAAUAUCAUCUAUGGAAGAAUUAACUUCAACACAGUUUAAAAGUAUACUGUCUAAAUUCAGAAACUACCUUCGACAGAUUGUUAAUAUGACCAUUGAGAAGCGCAUUGGUAUUUUCAAUGUUAUGAGUUUUGAUUAUCAGUUACAAUGCUUACCAUAUGUUGAGAACAUCAUAGAUAUGAGCCAAAAUCUCUUGAGAUCUGCAAUUGAAAGAAAGAAUGCAAAUCUAUUGGAGGUUAUAGAGUCAUCCUUGCAGAAGCUGGAAUAUACUCCCACUGAAAUGGAAGAAUUUUUGGAAUAUUUUACUUUUUUGGAUGCAAUUUCUUCAAAAAUAUCUAAGUUAGAAAAAGAGUAUAUAAUAGUUGCUCAGCUGUAUUCUGUUGUAAGGUAUUACCAGAUCCAUGUUUCAGAAGAGCAAACUGCCAUUUAUAAAAUCCUUCUUAUCAAGUUUGGCCAACUAAAAACUUCUGUGAAGUUAAGUGAAAAAAAUAAAGAUGCUGCUAUUUCUAAAUUCAGAGACAAUUUGGAAUCAUACAUCACUGAUCUAUGUAUUGAAGUUAGUAAUUUAAAGGCCAAAAUAAGAAAUUCUGUGUUGUUAUGUGCUAGUACUCCAGUGUCAACAGCAAUGGAAAUGAUCCAGACUCUUUCAGAGGAAGCUGCAAGUUUAGCUGUCAAAGCUAAAACAUAUUCAAACUAUCAGGAUUGUUUCGAUGAUUCCCCGUCUCAUAUGUAUUUUCUUAAUACGGAAGAGAUUACACAAAUUGUACUUUCAGAGAUCGCUGACAUUGACUAUGACUUAACCUUAAGGAAAAUAUUAUGGGAUGCAGAAGAGGAAUGGGGAACCCUCUUUUGGGAAUGGAGGAACAGCACUCUUGACAGUAUUGAUACAGAAUCAGUAUAUAGAAAUGUUUCAAAAUGGAUGCAAAUAAUCUUUGUACUAGAAAAAGGCCUACCUAAAAAUGACAUGGUGACACAUCUUAAGCAAUCAGUGAUAGAUUUUAAACAAGAGCUGCCAAUCAUCAUAGCACUAGGAAACCCCUGUCUCAAGCCAAGGCACUGGGAGGCUCUCCAGGAGAUUAUUGGAAAGUCAGUGUCUCUUGAUAAAAACUGUACAGUAGAGAAUCUUCUAGCACUCAAGAUGUUUCAGUAUGAAAAUGAAAUAAAUGAGAUAUCAACCUCAGCAACUAAUGAAGCUGCUCUUGAAAAAAUGCUGUAUAAGAUUAUUGAUCUUUGGAACACUACUCCUUUACAUUUAGUUCUUCAUCACACCGAGGCUUACUCUAUCCUAAUAAUUUCAUCUAUAGAUGAUAUAUUAGUUCAACUGGAAGAGUCUCAAAUCAUACUUGCCUCAGUUAAAGGAUCUUCCUAUCUCGGGCCCAUUAAGGAUCUUGUAGAUGAAUGGGAUCAAAACUUGGCUCUCUUCUCAUACACUCUUGAGGAAUGGAUGAGUUGCCAAAGAAAUUGGCUUUAUCUUGAACCAAUCUUUCUUUCUACAGAAAUACAAAGGCAGCUCCCGGCAGAAGCAAAACUAUUCUCUCAAGUCAUUUCCAUGUGGAAAGAAAUAAUGUUAAAAAUACACAACAAACUGGAUGCUUUGCAAAUAGCUACCUCUGCAGGAGUCCUUGAAAUUCUGCAAAAUUGCAAUAUACAUCUUGAAUAUAUAAAGAAAAAUCUUGAGGACUAUCUUGAAACUAAAAGAAUGAUAUUCCCAAGAUUUUACUUUCUUAGCAAUGCUGAACUUCUUGAUAUUCUAUCUGAUAGCAGAAAUCCUGAGUGUGUACAGCCUCAUCUUGUGAAAUGUUUUGAAAAUAUAAGACGCUUACUGAUAUGGAAACAAGAAAUUGGCCCUCCUGCUGUGGUAAUGUUCAUAUCUGCUGAAGGAGAAACUCUUGUGCUGCCAAAGAAAAUCCGUAUAAGAAGUGGUAUAGAACAAUGGCUGGUAAAUGUAGAGAAAACCAUGUUUGAUCUGGUAAAAAAGGAGAAAUAUCUAUUUUCACUUAUAAAAUUUAUGCUUCAAAAUUAUUACUUUUAUAUCUUAUUUUUUCAGAGCCAGAUCAUAUUUUAUAAUGAUUGUAUCAAAAGUUUUGUGAGUUCUCAUCCAAAAAAAGAGGUGGAAAAGGUCCAUGCUGGUAUGAUACAUCAGCUAGAAGAGAUUGCAGAGCUGGUGCUGCUGGAUACUCAUAACUCUCGAGCAAAAGUUGUGCUAGGGGCGUUGCUUACCCUGUAUGUUCACUGCAGAGACACAGUGAGAGAUUUACUACUCAAAAGUAUUUUCAAUGCAGAUGAUUUUGAGUGGACAAGACAUUUGCAAUAUAAAUGGAAUGAGAAACAAAAGUUGUGCUAUGUAUCUCAAGGAGAUGCCAGCUUUACUUAUGGCUACGAGUACUUGGGCUGUACCCCAAGACUGGUGAUUACACCUCUCACAGACAGAUGCUGGCUAACUCUUACUGGAGCACUACACUUGAACCUAGGAGGUUGCCCUGCUGGUCCAGCUGGUACAGGAAAAACUGAGAGUGUUAAAGAUCUAGCAAAAUCCUUAGGCAAACAUUGUGUAGUCUUCAACUGUUUUGAGGAUUUGGAUUAUAAGAUAAUGGGGAAAUUCUUCUUUGGACUGGUUGAGUCAGGAGCUUGGUGUUGUUUCGAUGAAUUCAAUAGAAUUGACGUGGAAGUUCUCUCUGUGAUUGCCUCACAGAUGCUAACAAUUAAGGCAGCAAAAGACAGCUAUUCUGUCAGGUUUAUACUGGAAGGAAAAGAAAUUCGUAUAAAUAUGUCUUGUGCAGUAUUUGUCACCCUAAAUCCUGGAUACAAAGGUCGAGUGGAACUCCCAGAUAACUUAAAGUCUCUGUUUCGCCCAGUGGCAAUGAUGGCUCCCCAUUAUCAAAUGAUUGCUGAAAUAAUGCUCUUGUCUAUUGGUUUCAAAUCUGCAAAAUUACUUUCUGGAAAGCUAGUUAACAUUUACGAAUUAGCUAGCAAGCAACUCUCGCACCAGGAUCAUUAUGAUUUUGGCCUGAGGUCUCUGAAGACAGUUUUAGUGAUGGCUGGGAAGAAGAAACGGGAGCUUAAAUGUGACAUUUCUGAAACAGAGGAAACUCUGAUAAUUAUUGAAGCUAUGAGAGAAGCUAGCUUACCAAAGUUUCUUCCUAAAGAUGUCCUACUUUUUGAAAAGAUUAUGAGAGAUAUUUUUUGUGGAGCAACAGUUUCAAAAGUAAAUCAGAUUGUCUUGGAGAAACUAAUAGAGAUUGCAACACAACAAUUGGGCUUACAACAGUGGCCAGCUCAAAAAGAGAGAAUCAUACAGUUUUAUAAUCAACUUCAGGCUUGUGUUGGUGUGAUGUUAGUGGGUCCAACAGGUGGAGGAAAAACAACAGUCAGAAGAAUUUUAGAAAAAGCAUUAACACUAUUACCAAUUGAAGAAUUCUUAUCGAUUGAAGAAAGGGACUCUAUUUCACAGGUUUCAGGAAGAAGAGGAAAAAUAGAUAUUUGUAUUUUAAAUCCAAAGUGUAUCACUCUCAGUGAACUAUAUGGACAUCUGGAUCCUAAUACUAUGGAAUGGGCUGAUGGAUUAUUAUCAGCAACAAUUCGGAAUUAUGUAUAUUUAAACACUACAAAAUAUUCAAACAAAGACAACGAAUCAAAAAUCUCAGAUUCUGCUAAUGUUUUCAAGCUUGAUUUCUCUGAUGCAGCAGAUUCUGAUUAUCAUAUUUUUGAUAAGGAGAUGGAGAAAGAUAUUAAAAUUCCAGAAAGUCAAAACUUUGAUUGGCAGUGGAUUGUCUUAGACGGGCCAGUGGAUAGCUUCUGGGUAGAAAAUCUAAAUUCUAUGCUAGAUGACACUAGGACGUUGUGCUUAGCAAACAGCGAGAGAAUAACUUUGACUAGUAAAAUCAGAGUGAUCUUUGAAGUGGACAGUCUAGCUCAAGCUAGUCCUGCUAUUGUCAGCCGAUGUGCAAUGGUCUAUAUGAAUCCUAUUGAUCUGGGAUGGGAGCCUUAUGUUAAGUCAUGGCUUCUGAAAAAUUCUAAAAUUAUGAAUGAAGCAGAAGUGGAUUGUCUUGAAUUCAUGAUUAAAAGUAGUGUCCCAGAUGGACUACAGUUUAUAAAGAAACAUCAGAAAUUUCAGCCAUUUCCUGUACAAGACAUAACAAUUGUUACAACUCUCUGCAGAAUUCUUGAUGCAUUCUUUGAAUUCAUGAGUAAAACUGGAAUCUUUGAACUACGUGAAGACUUGAAGGACAUUUCAUCUGAGGAGAUAAUUUCACAUUCAAAAGUUUCUGUCAAAUUCAAAGAUGUGGAAAACAGGGAUGAAAAUGCAUGGUACAUGGCAAAAAAUCCUAUUAAAUUAAAAAAAACAAUUCAAAAGCUUUUUGUGUUUGCAUUUACUUGGGCAUUUGGAGGAACUUUACAACGUGAAGAUGAACAUGAAGAUGAUAUAAUAUUUUAUCCAAGUUCUGAACCUGAUUCACCUGCAAGAGUAGCCUAUGAUUUUGACAAUCUUGUUCGUGAAUUAUUUGAAGGCAAUGCACAAAUAGGUAAAAGGUGGAAGGGAGACUCAAGAGGAAGGGAACGCUUUGGUUCCUGUAUCAACCUUCCAAAUGGUGAACAUUCUAUCUUUGGGUAUUUUGUGGAUAUACAGCAAUGUGAAUUUAUACCAUGGUCAGAAUUACUUCCUAAUGUUCAGACACUAGUACAAAGAGGAACUUCAAUACUAACUGAUCCUCAAGGAUCCAGUGAAAACCUCUUGAAGAUAACAGAAUGUGGAGAGAGCAUUAAUUAUAUUGCUACCAGAGACACAACAUGCCUUUCUUUUCUUGUAAGCCUUCUUUUAAAGAAUUCCUGCCCAGUACUUCUCACAGGAGACUUUGGAGUUGGAAAAACUGCUGCCAUUAAUCAAAUGCUUGAAAAGUUAGAGGGCUCAGGAGCAUUUGAUGUGAAAUAUGGAUCAAUUUUAGGAGAAGUCUUAUUAUAUAAUGAAAUUAAAAAAUCAAGGUUCUUCAAACAGAAUAUCAGCAUCUUGCUUUCUGAAACUCAUAAAACAGCAACUGGAGGUCUAGAUAAGAUUACUAAAAAGGCAGAAGUUAAAACUGAUGAAAGUUCAUUUAAAAAUAGUAAUAAAGGAAUUAUAGUCUCUGCGAUAAAUUUUAACAUCAAUACAUCAGCUGCCAGAACUAAGGAGAUGAUUCUUAAGAAGUUAGUAAGAAGAACUAAAGACUCUCUUGGAGCACCAAAAAACAAUAGGAUUGUAAUUUUUAUUGAUGAUCUGAAUAUGCCAGAAUCAGAUAUGUAUGGAACACAGCCACCCCUGGAGUUAAUCAGACAAUUAUUAGAUAUGGGAGGAAUUUAUGAUACUGAAAAAGUUACAUGGAAGAAUAUCCAAGAUCUCUCUCUAGUUGCAGCUUGUGUUUUUCCAGUUAGUAGGAGGUAUAUUAGCCCACGUCUGCUCAAACAUUUUUCCAUUCUGGUAUUGCCUCAUCUCCCACAAACUGCCAUAAAAACUAUUUUCCAGGUUCAUUUGGGAAUGUAUUUCUCUAUCAAUAACUUUGCACCAGAAGUUCAGAAAACUAAGGAUCAAAUAAUAUCUUGCUGUCUAGCUGUAUACUAUCAAGUAUGUCAGACUAUGUUACCAACUCCAACAAAAUGUCACUACAUGUUUAAUCUUCGAGAUGUAUUUAAGCUUCUUCUAGGUUUGCUGCAAGCUGACAAGUAUGUUGUUAACUCCAAAGAGAUGGCUGCUCUGUUCUUUGUUCAUGAAGCCACCCGAGUGUUUCAUGAUCGCUUACUUGAACAAGCUGAACAGGUGCUUUUCUAUCAGAUUCUUUCGAAAGAACUUGAGAAUUAUUUUCAGAUUGGAAUAGAUGGAUGUGGAAAAGAAACUUGUGCGACUCUGGCCUGUUAUUUGGCAGAACACAAAAUAUUCCGGGUACCUUUAUCUCACAAUUAUGCCUACUUAGAAUUCAAAGAAGAUUUCAAAAAAGUGUUUAUGCAAGCAGGAUUAGAAGGCAACCCCUCUGCUUUGAUAGUUAGUAAUUUGAACCUAGAUCAAGAGUUAUUUAUGGAAGAUUUGAACAGCAUUAUUAAUUUGGGGAAAAUACCUGACUUGUUUGAAAAUGAAGAGCUGGAUGCGAUUGCCCUCAGGCUUAGAUCUCUUGCCGAACAGUCUGGUUAUGUUGAUAAUAGGCAAGCUUUACUUUCGUUCUUCCAAAAGAGAAUACAUAAAAAUCUUCAUAUUCUUAUGACCAUGAGCCCUACAAGACCUAACUUUCACCAAAACUGUAGACUAUAUCCUUCCCUGAUCAGCUCCUGCACGGUUGAUUGGUAUGAGAAAUGGCCGGAGGAAGCUCUCCUGAUUGUAGCUGACGCUUUCUUAAGAGAAAAAGUGGAUAUCAAGAACAGAGAGAACUUAAAAGAAAAACUUGUCCCAACAUGUGUCCAGAUCCACCAAAGCGUGAAAGAGUUGAACAUAAAAUACUUUCAAACAACUAGAAGGCAUUAUUAUAUCACUCCCAGUAACUACUUGCGAUUCAUGGAUACGUUUGCCCACAUUUUGAAGUCCCGAGAGAAGGAAAUGCAAAAGAAGAGGGAACGUUUCCAUAUGGGCCUAUCCAAGAUCCUGGAAACAACUGCUCUAGUUACAGAUAUGCAGGAGGAGCUCUUGAUUCUUGGCCCUCAAAUAGAACAAAAAACAAAGGAGAAAGAAAUCCUAAUGGAAAAACUACAGAAAGAUUCCCAAGUGGUUGAGAAAGUUCAGAUGCUUGUUAAACAGGAUGAAGAAAUCAUGGAAGAAGAAGUAAGAAUCGUAGAAGAGUAUGCUCAGAAAGCUGACAAUGAAUUAAAAAGUGUACUGCCAGCUCUCGACAAGGCAAUUGUGGCUCUAAACGCCCUGGAUAAAGCUGAUGUCUCUGAAUUAAGAGUAUAUACACGGCCUCCUUACCUUGUACUGACUGUCAUGAAUGCAGUUUGUAUUCUUCUGCAAAAGAAACCUAACUGGGCUACAGCAAAGUUACUUCUUUCAGAAACUGGUUUCCUAAAAAAACUAAUUAACAUUGACAAGGACAGCAUACCUGAGAAGGUUUUCAUAAAACUGAAGAAGAUUUUAGUCUUACCUGAUUUCAACCCAAACAAGAUUGCUCUAGUUUCUGUUGCUUGUUGCUCUAUGUGCCAGUGGGUUAUAGCUUUGAAUAGCUACCAUGAAGCACAGAAGCUGGUGGGCCCUAAACAAAUCCAAGUGGCUGAAGCUCAAAAUGUCCUAAAAAUUGCAAAACAAAGAUUGGACGAAAAACAAAGAGGUUUACAGCUGGUUGAAGAACAUCUUCAGUUUUUGCAAGAAGCCUACAAAGAGAUUGUUGCUGAAAAAGAGCUAUUAGCACAUCGAAGAAAACUGGCCACCAAGCGCUUACAGUGUGCAUCUAUCUUACUAACUGCCUUGGAAGAUGAGAAGACUCGAUGGCAAGAAACAAUUGAUCAAAUAGACAACAAGUUGGAAGGAAUUUUGGGUGACAUACUUAUUUCAGCAGCAUGCAUUGUCUACAGCGGAGUGUUAACAGCAGAAUUUCGCCAAUUGAUUGUGGAAAAGUGGCAGAACCUUUGUACUGAAAACAACAUUUCUUUGUCUUCUAACUUUUCUUUAAUUGAAGUCAUGGCACAAAAACAUGAGAUCCGCCAAUGGCAUCAUCAGGGACUUCCUCUUGGUCAGUAUUCAACAGAGAAUGCCAUCUUGAUCAAGAAUGGCCUGCAGUGGCCACUGCUGAUUGACCCACAGAAGCAAGCACACAGCUGGAUCCGUCAGAUGGAAGGAUCUAGGCUGCAGGAGCUCUCCACUGAGGAUAGCAAUUACAUCCAAACAAUUGAGAAUGCUAUGAAAACAGGAGGGAGUGUCCUCUUGCAGAAUCUUCCUGAAAGAUUACCUCCAAGUUUAAAGGAAAUUUUGAAGAAGGAUAUCUACCAGAGAAGAGGGCAAUACUUCAUAAAGAUUAAUGAUUCUGAGAUUGAAUACAAUUCCAAAUUUAGGUUAUAUGUUUCUACAGAAAUAGACAACCCCUAUUUUCCUCCAUUCAUUUAUAGCUUUGUUACUAUGAUAAACUUCACAGUAACAUUCCAAGGUUUUCAAGAUCAACUCUUAUCUAUUGUAUUAAGUCAUGAAGUUCCUCAUUUAGAAAAUCAACGUUUCCAGCUCUUAGAGAGUAUUUCCCUUGAUGCUAAGACUCUUGAAGAACUGGAGCAAAAAACAUUAAAUUUACUAGAGAAUGCACAAGGAUUUGUAUUAGAUGAUGAGGAAAUUGUAGACAUCUUAAGAAAAUCCAAGAUGACUUCAAAUGAAAUUUCAAAGCGAAUCAAAGCAACGAGAAAAGCAGAAAGUAAAAUUGAAGAAACACGUAAAGUGUAUCUCCCCAUUGCUACGCGGGGUGCCCUGCUCUACUUUCUAGUGUCUAAUCUUGCACAGAUUGAUUACAUGUACCAGUUCUCCCUAGACUGGUUUCGUCAAAUUUUUGUUUCAUCAGUAGUUUCCAAAAGCAAAGAACAGGAAGAACACAGUCUGAAAAGAGAGACAAUGUUUCUGCAAAAAGGUCAUGAAAUCCCAAAUCUCUCAAAAGAGCCUAAAUUGGGAAGUGAAAAAAGAACCUUAGAUAGACAUCUUAAAAACUCAAUAGAUACAUUGACAAGAAACAUUUUUAAGGUGGUCUCUUUAGCUCUGUUUAAUCGACAUAAACUUUGCUUCUCCUUUGGGCUUUGCACUACAAUCAUGCAAAAUAAUGCUAAUGGAAAUUUAAUGCAGGAUGACAUUGGAUCCCUACCAAAGGAAGAAUGGAACAUCUUCUUAAAUUCUAGCACGCUAGUAAAUAUUAAAGGUGUAAUGCCCCAGCCUAAACUCAACAGCAUAUAUGAAACCUGUAAAAAUCAACAUCUUCAGUGGGUGUCAGAUUCCAGGUGGAAGCAGUGUUUUUAUAUCAGCAAUGAACUAGAGCCUUUUUCUCUUCUAUGUAAAUCCCUGUUAUCAAAUGUGUCACAAUGGAAUGCUUUUAAAAACAGUAACACCGUAUAUUUGCUGAUGAGCACAGCUUUCUCUUCAGAAAAUGCUUCCAUGGAGGAAAGUGAAAAAUCACCAGAGAUAGCUCAAGUUUUUAAUGAAAAUGAAGAAAUAUACACUUCUAUAAAUUUUCCCUGGGAGAAACUCACUCCAUUUCAAAGACUUAUUUUGAUAAAAAUUCUUAGACCAGAACAUUUAAAGAAUUCUGUGGAAAGGUUUAUAACUGAAAAAAUAGGAAAUGAAUAUAUUCACAGCACUGGAACCAGUUUGAAGGAAUCGUAUGAAGAAUCCAAUGCCAGAACUCCACUGAUACUUAUUCACUCCCAUGGAAUCGACCUCACCAAUACUCUCCUGAAAUUUGCACAAGAGUUAAUGGGAACAACCAAUCAUGUGACCAUGAUUUCUUUGGGUCGUGGCCAGGCAGCUAAAGCAGAAGCCCUCAUUGUUAAGGCCCUAACCAACACAGAGCAAUGGGUCUUCCUGCAGAACUGCCAUCUUGCAGCAUCAUUUAUGCCAAGGCUCUGCACUAUUGUAGAAUCAUUUAAUAGUCCAGAUGUGACAAUAGAGCCUAAGUUCAGGCUAUGGUUAAGCUCAAAAUCAGACAGUUCUUUCCCAAUUCCUAUCCUUCAAAAGAGUUUAAAGAUUGCAGUGGAAAAUCCCCAGGGACUGAAAAAUAAUUUACUUCAGACAUUUGGAUACAGCGGGAGUGGAGAGGUAACAGAAGAGUUAUUUGAAAAACCUGACUGUGGACCAUGGUGGAAAAAAAUUUUAUUCAGCUUGUGUUUCUUCAAUGCUCUGAUCAAUGAAAGAAAAAUUUAUGGAAUAUUGGGCUGGAAUAUUGCAUAUGCAUUUAGUUCUUCAGACUUGGAGGUUGCCAUAAAGGUGCUGGAAAAUUUCCUGAGUGCUCAGUCCAGUAUUCCUUGGCAGACACUGCGCUACCUGAUUGGGGAGGUGGUUUACGGUGGCUGGGUGACUGACACCUGGGACAGGCGAUGUUUAAACACCCUUCUCUACAAAUUUUGUAAUCCUGAAGUUCUAAAAGAUGACUUCAGUUUCUCUACUGAUGAGCCGCUGCCAAAAUCUGGAAGCAUGAAGGACUACAUACACGCUAUCCAGUCUUUGCCUGACGACGACCCUCCUGAGCUCCUAGAAUUACACCCUGAGGCCACAAGGGGUUUCAGGGAGAUCCAGGCCCAGAAGUUCAUUGAUAAUCUCAUUGGCAUGCAGCCAAGAUUUACCAUCACCAACCUCAUAUUCAGUCGUGAGAAGAGCAAGGAUGAGCUGGUGAUGGCAAUGUUAUCGGACAUGCUAACGCGGCUGCCACUGUCUGUAGAGAAAGAAGAAUGGGCUGGAACUCCAAGCACACUGAAGUACAUCAUGUUAAGCCCCAUCUGGGAGUCUUUUCAUAAAGAUCCCAAAGGCUAUGAUCCACUUAUCCACUGUGUCUUGCUAACCUUUUUGAUCCAAGAAAUUGAAAGAUUUGAUCAGUUGCUAUCUAUUAUACAUAAGUCUCUGAAAGAUCUUCGACUUGCUAUAAAAGGAGAGAUUAUCCUUACCCAAGAAUUGGAGGAAAUAUAUGACUCUUUUCUUAAUACAAAAGUGCCCAAAUUGUGGCAGAAAUAUGCCUACAAGUCAAGUAAAGCCCUGAGUUCCUGGGUGAAUGACCUCAUCCAGAGGCUGAACUUCUUUAACACCUGGGCCAAAAUGGCAUAUACCGCAAUGCAUCAUCGGUAUAUGAGACUUGUUACAGCUUGGAAGCAUUCCAGCACAUCACCUAGCCAAGACCCCAAAUACCCCACUGAGCAAAACAGUGAAUUCUUUGAAGGAUUUCCUGCAAGAUAUUGGCUCCCAGCUUUCUUCUUUCCACAAGCCUUUCUCAUCACUGUGCUUCAAGACUAUGGACGGUCCCAAGGAAUCUCUACAGAUGCCCUGACUUUUACCCACCAUGUGAUCUCGGACACCACCGACGUCAAAGACAAGGAGUUCUCCAUAAUCAUCCAGAAGAAACUCAACAUAGUCAGGAGAGCCUUUAAGGGCACAGACCCCACACAUGUUGGAGUUCACGUCUUUGGUUUAUUCAUUGAGGGGGCAAGGUGGAAUCACAAAGAAAAAAUACUAGAAGACUCGCUACCUUGUGAGAUAUGUUGUGAUUUUCCUGAAAUAUACUUCUUGCCAACAAAGAUUUCUAGUGAAAGUUCAACUGCAUCUAAGCAGACAGAGCCAGAACUCUAUACGUUUGAAUGCCCAGUUUACCAGACACCUGAGAGGUCAAGUAUUUUGACAGCUGCUGGUUUAUCCUCAAACUUUUUAACAUCUGUGUACUUAUCCACAAAGAAACCUCCUAGUCAUUGGAUCACAAUGCAGGUUGCACUGCUGUGUGAGGAGAAUGAAAAAUAA